ACCACCAACCUCAGCACGCAAAUGUCUGUACUGCCUCAUCUUCCACCCAGCAAGCCCAGUGCUUCGGUCUCGACCACAAAAAAAAGAGUCUAUAGACCACCCGUCUUGUGCAAAUGCAACACACUCGCUCAACAAUGCCGAACGCUCCGAGCAGGGCGAGGAUAA